CGACCUCUCGCCUCCGCCGCCUCCGCCUCCUCCGCCUCAUCCCGCCAUUGCUCCUCCGUGUCCCAUCCCCCGGGCUCCAAUCCUCACCUUCACCAUGUUGCCCUGCGUUCGCGGCCGGGUCGCGGCUCUCUCUUCCGCCUGGACCCCGCGGUUCGUCGCCCGCGCCUCCUACUCGACCACCGUGCCUCGUCUCUCCGAGAACUUCAUCCCUGCCAACAACCCGACCCCGCCCACCCCCAAGCCCAACGUCUCCGGCACCAAUGCCACUCCCGUCGACUCCAUGGGCGCCCACGAUGCCCCCCUGCGUGAGGAGCCCGAGGUGGCCGAGCGCCUGCGUCACCUGCAGGCCCCCAACCGGGCCACCACCUGGGCGGCCAGCCAGCAGCCGAAGGAGCAGGCCAUGACCGGUCCUCGCUUCGAGCAGACGAUAAUGGAGAUGCAGCCCCAACCCCUGGCCGCCAUCGAGCUCAUCCACAAGCAGCCCGUUCGCUGGACGAAAAAGCGCGUCGUCAGCUGUGACGGCGGCGGCGGUCCCCUCGGCCACCCCAAGGUGUUCAUCAACACCGACAAGCCCGAUAUCGCCACCUGCGGCUACUGCGGCAUUCCCUUCGCCCACGAGCAGCACAGAGCAUACCUCCAGUCCCUCCCCGCCACCAGCUACCCCCUCGAGCCCACCGGUGAUGCCGCGGAGGUGAACGAGAGCCAGCGCGUGACCGAGGGCGGGCUCGAGCAGCGGUAGGUUGGUUUUAUUGGCGUUGACGAUAUUUUCCUUUGAGUUUUAGCCCUCUGGCUGUUGUACAGAUGUACCAGGCAAUGAAGUUCGAUUGAAUUGUGAUUUUGG